CGCCUAACACUAGCUUCGUAAUGAGGUAUAGUUCAGUCAAAACUGAUCCCGCUACAGACUCGGAGCUAGCAUCGAUUUCACCUUGACGGAAAUAUGGCGUCGGCUACGAAAAUUAUCCAGAGACUGAGAAAUUUUUUGGCAGGGCGAGAUCUCCAGUCAAAACUACAACUUCGGUACACUGAAAUUUCAAAAAGGACUCAGCCACCCCCUAAUCUUCCCGUUGGACCGAGUCAUAAAUUUGCAAAUAACUACUACUGUCAGAGAGACGGACGAAGAGAAUCUCUUCCACCAACUGUGGUCAUGUCUUCUCAGAAGACCCUGACAGCCGGAAGUGAGGCUUCUAGAGAACUCAAACGCCCUGUUAUUCCAGGCAUGCCACCAAAAGAACUUCCACUGAGCGUUGACUAGAUUUUCAUUGUAAAAAAUGUAUUAUUCUCAAUAAAAGAUGCGUAUAUACAAGAAAUGUA